AUGUCGUCAAGCAGGACACCUACCAAGCGCCCGCCCGAUCUGCACAUCAAACGUGAUGCAGAUUUGGGUGCUCAGGUCGCGGAUGCUUCUCCAUGCGCAUCCGUCCGGGGACGGCAUUCGCCAGAUAAGAGAUACGAUCUGGAUAGGGAGUUUGAAGACAACACCACGCACACUGUUGUAGCGCGGCAGCCGCUCAAGAGCCACAGCACGACGCGUAAAGGAACACGUAGACGCGACAAAGAGCACGAGCCUGCGUCUGGAGACUGCGUCAGGACCUCAGAGUACUUUUCCCCAAGUCAGCUCGAUGUUCCCGAUGGUGUCGAGCAUCCGGAGGGUUCUGUAGCUCGUCUGAAUGCAUCGCAUCCCGAUGCUGACUCGAGAUCGCACUCCAGCAUCUCUAUGAGUACUCAGUCCUAUCUAACCUUUUCGGGAGCUUCUCAGUCGUUAUGGGCGUCCGACCCCAUCAGCGAACGCCAGGAUAUCAAGUCGAUGUCACCACCGCCUGAGAGUUUGGAGAGUGGCUCCGCUCGAGACUCUAGCGAUGCACAGGACGAGAAGAGCCCGCCCUCGGAUAUCGAUCCUCUUGUCGCUGCACGCGACCUUUCCGGACGCGACAUUUUCCACAACAUGUUGGAAACACUCAAUCUCUUGUAUGCCAAUCAGCUCAGCAUGACCCACGUGCUGGAGCGAUUGCGUCGUGACAGGCCCCCCAGCCUUGAGCUCGGGAAACUGUCAGAGCGUCUUGCGAGUAUUGAGGCCUUGUUACAAGGGGUCAACAUACUAGCACAGCCCCCGGGGAGCCUGCACGGUGAUCGCGAGAUCAAUUCCGAAGAUAUUCCCGGGCAAGAUAUCGGUGGAUCUGUUGUUCGUGAUGACCCUUCUCCUGAUGACGUGCCUAUCUCCCAGAUGUUACCAUUACUUUUGGAAGUGCUUGCCACUCUCAAAGACUUACUUCCACAAGUUCACAGUAUCAAUGCGUCUGUCAUAGAACUGAAAUGCCAACGGGAAAAAUCAUCUGCACCUGGCAGGGCAAGUUUACCACCACGCAGCCCUGGCCAAACCUACUGGUAUGCAAAAAGGCGCCCGCUUAGGCACGCCGGUAGCGAUGACAGGACAUGA